GUGUUUUGAGUUGAGAAGAUUGUUCUGAGGGUAGUCAACCAUGGACUACCCAGAUGCUGCUUAUUCGCAGCCACUUAGGCUGACUUACUCACUACAUUCCAAAACAAUGAUGGAAUCUAUUCAAUCUUGUCAGAGGAGGUUGUGCUACACUGACGUACAGCUGAUAUCUGAAGGGGGGAUUGUUUUUGCCCAUAGCAUAGUUUUAGCUGGGGCAAGCAGCUUUCUCAAACAACUGUUGAUCAGCAACCCUGAUCCCACAAUUGUGAUUCAUUUGCCUGGUGUGGACUAUGAGCCUCUUCGUCUCCUUCUGGAAGUGCUUUAUGGUGGCGAGGAGCUACAGUUGACUCUGAAGCAGGUGGUAGCCCUGCAGGACCUGGGUUCCUUGCUUCAUAUUGAUAUGUGUAAUUCAGCAGCCAUGGAGCAAGCAUUCCUUCAAGCCUCCCACGAAGGUGUUCUAUCCAUUCCUGGAUCUCUUCAGCAUUCAGUAGACAUCAUCCCUUAUAGUAAUGAAUCCAGUCCAGCUCCUACUCCGCAACCUCCUCAACAGUCCGAGUUACCAACCCGGCGUACUCCGGCCAGGUCUGGUAGUAGCCCUAGUAAAGCUGGUCACCACAAUAACAAUAACAACAACACCACCACCACUGUCAGUGGCAAGAAGCGUAAGAGCGGGAUUCAGAAUAGCCCAGCUCCCAUGGCACCUUUUUCGUUAUUGUCUAACGUUACACCCAAUCGAGCAAGCCAGGGAACAAAACGUGGUCUGAAUGAGGACCGUAUGGCAGAUGACGGCGAAGAACUAGAGAAGGUUGCACUAGUCCAGCCACCCCCCAAGAAACUGUCGCGAGCUGCUCUGAAAGAGAUGGUGACAUGCCGUGAAUGCCACACCCCAUUCAAAUUGAUCAUGCAGCUAAACCAACACAUGACUCGUGAAGGCCACUUGUUUCCUCCUUGUCCCGAGUGUGGCAUAAUCCAUUCGACUCUCGAAUCUUUAAUUACUCACGUCGACGUUCAUCCAGCUGAAACAGUGUUCACUUGCAAAUACUGCCAAAAAGGCGUUUUGGGCCACGACCGCUACCUCUAUCACAUGCUCAUGUGCAAGAGCCUUAUUCGCGGCGACUAUGUCUGUUUUAUCUGUCGCAAGUCCUUCCGCAAUUCGGGCAGCCUUAAAACGCACUUGCUUCUCCACACGGGCGCUAAGCCUUUCCCUUGCAAUUACUGCUCGGCUUCUUUCCGCCAACGCCAUCACCGGUCGCAUCACGAACGGAGCGUUCACUUGAUGCAAGGACUCAACAAUGCGGAGCAAGUGGAAACGACAGUGGCUGCCGCUGCAGCUGAUCCGGAAGUGUCAACCACACCCCAGUCUGUGGUAGACGGAAUUCGUCCUUUCCCGUGUGGAUUCUGUAAUGCAGCAUUCCGUCAAUCAAAUCAUCGAUCCUACCACGAAAGAGUGAUCCAUGGCGUUGAUCGUCGGACGCGUCAACCUAAAGGAGGACCGAUGACGCAGAUACCAGCAGUAGUUGGGGCUGGAAUUGCUGGCAGUACGAAAGGGACAAAUGGGGGUGCCAGGAAGUCCAUUUCGCGGCCGGCUGUUGGCAACGGUUUCACUUCUGCCGUGGAUGCGGAAGAUGAGGAAGAGAUUGAAGACGGAGAAGAUGCAGAAGAUGUUGACGCUGAGGAUGCUGAUCCUGACGUCGAAGAAGGUGAUAUAGCGGAAGAAGAUGGAGAGGCUGAAGUAGAAGCAGACGCCGAUGGUUGGGUAGAUGAAGAGGCAGCUAGUCCGGAUCCAGAAGCAGAAGACGAUGAACAAGAGGAAGAAGAGGAGGGAGGAGAAGAGGAAGAAGACGAAGAAGAAGCUGGGAGUGAAAUUGCUGCAGAUGCAGCCAGCGUAGCUUCUGUUGGAACCAAAGUUGAUUCAGAGGCAGAAGAUGUCGAAUGACCAAAUGUCAAUAAUUGCCUAGAAAGAGCCCCCAAGAACACUACGAAAUAUAACGGAACAGCACCAAACCCAUAAUGCCUUAAGAACCUUUUUAGCUCCGUUACUCUCCCUAAUCCAUGUGUUUUGUCAUCCGAAAUCUAGAUUUAGAUAACGCGCAAAGUUUUUUAUUGAACUGAUAUCCAUGCGAUGUCAUACUACUUUUCUUUUAAAUGACGAUUUUUCUAAUGUUCCACGUGCGCAUCUUUCGCUACAACUUUUUACUUCAAAAAUGAUUUCACAACGUGUCUUAUUUGCUGCCUGCAUUUUUUCUCGUCCUACUUUUACGAAUUGCCUUUCGUCUUGUGUAUAUGUCACGGGAUUAUUAAACUUAACAUGUUACAA